AUGCAACUCUUCGUGUAUUUGAUAGCUGGUAGCACUAUUACAAUCGAUUGCGAAGACAGUGAUACGAUCGAGGAGAUCAAACGCAAGAUCGAAAGCAGAACGAGUAUAUCAAAUGAUCAUCAACACCUGUUCUUCAAUAAUGUUCAGCUUGAAGAUCAUCGCAUUCUGUCGGAUUUAGGCAUUCGUCAUAACUCCACUGUACACCUAAUGAAGAAAUUUCGACAUGGCUGUUUCCUACCCGAUACACUCAUUUCACUUUCUAAUGGAACCAAAAAAUGCAUUGGCGAGAUUCAAGUGGGUGACAGUUUACUUGCAUUUAGGUCGUUUGGUGAAAUUGUCACUACAUCGGUUGAAGAAGUGUUUGUUUAUGAUGUCGAUGAAUACAUCGAAUUAAAUGUUGGACAAAAUGUGCUAUGCGUAACACAAGAACAUCCAUUCUUCAUCGGAAACGGAAAAUUUUGUGCACUUAGGAAACUUCACAUCAACGAUUGCAUCCACAGUUUAGUCGAUGGCUGUCUUCAAGCAAAAUCAAUCAUAAGCAAGAAAACUAUUGUUGCUCCAGCGACACGUGUCUACAAUUUGCGCACUGCCGACCCACACACAUAUUUUGCUAAUGGCGUUGCUGUUCAUAACAAGUUAGGUCUAUAUUAUGUCGAUGCGAGCGAUACGGCUGGUCUCACAUGUCAUGAGUGGAAUUCCGAUAGUCCUGAUUCAGACUCAACCAAUAGCGGUCUUUCUGUUGAGGCUCUGUGUACCAAUUCACACUGUGUAGUCUAUCAAAAGACAGUGAUUAUCAAUAUCGGAUAUGGACAAUUCGAUCUUGUUGGUAGCACCAACGCUUAUGUAUCGAAGUGCCCAGUAUGUGGCCACCAUGCCGAACCGAAAACAUGUGCUUUUAAUAAUUGUAAAUGGCGAUGGUGGGGUAUCCAGCAACCUAAAGACGGCAUGCCACCCAAACGACUUUCGGCAGACUGGAAAGUUGCUGACAAUGCCUAUCAUCGGUUCAAAAAUGAUGGAAAUGGUUUAUCCCGAUGGCGAAAACUAUUUUUCGAAGCCCAAAAGAAUUGA